GGAAGUGCCCGGCGUCCUCCCCGACCGCGCUCGCCGACGCCAGCGUCCCCCGCGCCAUGCCUGCCUCCGGCUCGGAGUCGCCGCCGCCGCCGCCCGCUGCGCAGGAGCCUGCGCCGCGGCCCCAUGGCGAGCUGCAGUACCUGGGCCAGAUCGAGCACAUCCUCCGCUGCGGCGUCCGGAAGGAGGACCGCACGGGCACUGGCACCCUGUCGGUGUUUGGCAUGCAGGCGCGCUACAGCCUGAGAGAUGAGUUUCCUCUGCUGACAACCAAGCGUGUGUUCUGGAAGGGUGUUUUGGAGGAGCUGCUGUGGUUUAUCAAGGGAUCCACCAAUGCUAAAGAACUGUCUUCCAAGGGAGUGAAGAUCUGGGAUGCCAAUGGGUCUCGAGACUUUUUGGACAGCCUGGGAUUCCCCACCCGAGAGGAAGGAGAUUUAGGCCCAGUUUAUGGCUUUCAGUGGAGGCAUUUUGGGGCAGAAUAUAAAGAUAUGAAUUCAGAUUAUUCAGGUCAAGGAGUAGACCAGCUGAAAAAGGUUAUUGACACAAUCAAAACCAACCCUGACGACAGAAGAAUCAUCAUGUGUGCUUGGAAUCCAAAAGACCUUCCUCAGAUGGCGCUGCCUCCCUGCCACGCCCUUUGCCAGUUCUAUGUGGUGAAUGGUGAGCUGUCCUGCCAGCUGUACCAGAGGUCAGGCGACAUGGGCCUGGGGGUGCCUUUCAACAUCGCCAGCUACGCCCUGCUCACCUACAUGAUUGCACACAUCACCGGCUUGAAGCCAGGUGACUUUGUACAUACUUUGGGAGAUGCACAUAUUUACCUGAAUCACAUUGAGCCCCUGAAAGUUCAGCUCCAGCGAGAACCAAGACCUUUCCCCAAGCUCAACAUUCUUCGGAAAGUCGAGACAAUUGAUGAUUUCAAAGCCGAAGACUUUCAGAUUGAAGGGUACAAUCCUCAUCCAACUAUUAAAAUGGAAAUGGCUGUCUAGAGUCGUUUCAAGGAUGUUGUCAGCCUUUAGGGGUUGGACUGGACGCCCAGGUGAAAAGGUUCUUUUUGCUAUAAAGGAAAAAGGAACUAGGUCAGAACCCCGGGGGUUACCUGUCAGUUAUUGUUCAAAAACUGCUUCCUUUUAAGCAUGUUGCCAGUGACAGAUAUAACAGUACCAUUUCUUGUAGUAGUAAAAGGUCUUGAGCUUGGCUAACUCACUGAGGAUGUAUGAAAGUGCUGAGAUUAUGACCAAUGCUGGGAGAGUGAAAAUGUAUGUGCUCUUAACACAAACGUGUAUAUGCAUUUCAAACCCAUGUCUUUAUGAAGGUCCACGGAUUUCAAGAAUUCUAUAAACUAUUCUCCCAAAUUUGAGUGAGCUGAAUGAUGCUAUCAAUCAUAAUGUAUAGUGUGGCUAUGAACAUUUAAAGUUCUUUUAUAUAUUGCUAUAAUAAAGCUGUGUUCUGCAUUUGUCAUUUUUAUUCCUUAUUGCCAUUUAUCUGCCUAGUUCCUGCCUAAAAUAACUGCAUCUGACUAAUAAACCCAUUGCUGUCAAGUCAAUU